UUAUUUCUAGUUUUGGCCGGUUGCGUUUUUAUAAAAGGUUACAAUUUGUUGACUAACAAAACAAGGGGCCAUCCCGUCCCGAUCAUACGGUUCCCACGCCCCGAUCAUACGCUCGCCCCUCUCUUUUCUUUUCCCAUUGCAUUUGCCCCGCAAGCAAUUCAAACCAGCUAAAGUUUGCCAAAAAAAAAAAAAAAUCACCACCAGCUCGUAGCAACCGGACGGUAGCGAACUCCCCAACGGUCAACGCAAACGCCAACGCCACAGAGUCCCUCCACGCCCUUUUCCCAUUGCAUUUGCGCCGCAGAAGAUUUCACCAGCUAAUAGCAGCAGCCCUGGAUGCUAGCGAACUCUCCCACGGUCAACGCAAACCCAAACACCACCACACCAACUCACAGGACCUUCCCAUUUCCAGCUCAUGGACAGAAAACCCAACCCAGAUGGCCACUCCAUUCCUCCUCCUCCUCCUCCUCCUUUAUCCCUUCACCUCCUCCGCCGCCAUCGUUGCCACCGAAUUCCUCUACCCCAACUUCAGCGCCACCGUCAUCAACUACGUCGACAACGCCGGCGUCUUCCUCACUUCCCCCAACGCCACCUUCAAAGCCGCCAUCUACAGCCCCGGCCAGCAGCCGCACCACUACUACCUCACCCUCUUCCACGGCCCCACCAACACCCCCGUCUGGUCCGCCAACCGCAACUCCCCCAUCCCCGACGAUGGCCUCGUCAUCCUCUCCCCUGUCGGUCUCUCGGUCGCCCAACCCAACGGCUCUCUUUUAUGGUCAACGCCUCCCCUUCCCUCGCCGCUCCGGGCCCUCCGCCUCCUUGACACCGGCAACCUCCUCCUCAUCAACGCGUCCAACGCUACCCUCUGGCAGUCCUUCGAUCAUCCCACCGACACCCUCCUCUCCGGCCAGCUCCUCCGCGCCGGCUCCUCCCUCACGAGUCCUGUCUCCAAUACCGACUUCUCCGAGGGGGACUACCGGCUUACCGUCACUACCAGCGACGCGGUCAUGACAUGGAAAGAGUCUCAGCAAUACUACAGCAUUUCAACCGACGCCCGCUUCUUCAAGGACUACAACGACGACAUCUCCUUCAUGGUCGCCAACUCCACCGGCCUCUACCUGCUGUCGACCAAUCAGAAGGUAAUUUUUCACAUGUUUCUCGCAGCUUCGAGCUUCCGUAUUAUGAAGUUGGACUCUGCCGGCCGAUUUCAAAUCAUUAGCUACUCCACCGCCAACUCUUCGUCGAGCUUGAAUGAUAGAUUUGUUGCACCAAGCAGUGACUGCGACCUACCUUUCUCCUGCCAGACCUUCGGCCUCUGCAACUCCGGCGCGAACGGCACCUUCUGCACCUGCCCGGAUCUCUUUGAGACUUCAAACACUGGCGGUUGCUCGCCGGCCGAUGACUCCCUACUGGCCUCCACCUGUGGGGCCAAUUCCUCAAUCUCUUAUCUAAGCCCAGGGAGUGGUAUCGUCUACUUUGCAAGCAAAUUCUUGAUGCCAAUAACUGUCGGCCAGGACAUAUCGGCAUGCCAGAGCCUCUGCUCUGGGAAUUGCUCAUGUCUUGCUUUCAUCUAUAAGAAUUCUUCAGGAUCUUGCUACAUAGUGGAGCAGCAGUUAGGCUCCGUCUUUUACAGCAAAGAAAGUGAAACGGCGAAUAGUAUUAUUUACGUCAAGAUCCUGCUCUCCGGAUCACCGGAGCCGAUCUCCGGCGAGAGCACGUCAAGGCAUCUCAUCCUCAUCUUGUUGCCAUCCAUAGCUGUAUUCCUGCUCAUCACUUUUGUGAUUUUCAUGGGACUUAUUUGGUGGAUGAGGCAGCGGCCAAGGAAGAGUGGUCCCAGAAUAAGAAGAUCAAAGUCAGCGGUGAUGAAGGAGAUACAAUUAGGCCGGCAGAAGUCAAAGACGGUGGCAGCAGCAGGAGCGAAAGGAAGGUCGUCCGGCGACCAUGAAUCAGACGACGACAACGACAACAUAUCGAUCCUGGGCCUUCCAACAAGGUUCACGUACGCUGAGCUAGAAGCGGCAACAUGGAACUUCAGGACUAAAAUCGGGUCCGGCGGGUUCGGCGCCGUGUACAAAGGCGAGCUGCCUGACGAGACCCUCGUUGCCGUGAAAAAGAUCGGCAACGUUGGCCUCCAAGGCAAGAAGGAAUUCUGCACCGAGAUCGCAGUCAUCGGCAACAUCCACCAUGUCAACCUCGUUCGGCUGCGGGGAUUCUGUGCCGAAGGGACCAAGCGGCUACUCGUCUACGAGUACAUGAGCCGAGGAUCCCUCGACCGAUCGCUGUUCGGCAUCGGGCCGGUGCUGGAGUGGCAGGAGCGGAUCGAUAUCGCGAUCGGGGCGGCGCGGGGGCUUGCUUACUUGCAUACAGGGUGCGAGCAUAAGAUCAUUCACUGCGACGUGAAGCCCGAGAACAUUCUGCUCGACGAGCGCGGGGAGGCGAGGAUCGGCGACUUCGGGCUGGCGAAGCUGUUGGGGCCGGAGCAGUCGGGAUUGUUCACGACCAUGCGGGGGACGAGAGGGUACCUGGCGCCGGAGUGGCUAACGAACUCGGCUAUCUCGGACCGGACCGACGUGUACAGCUUCGGGAUGGUGCUGCUGGAGCUGGUGAGGGGGAGGAAGAACAGGUCGGUGGAGCCGAGCGAGGGAGAGAGCGGGUCGGCGGAACGGUCGGACUCGACGGGGUCGGGCGGCGGCGGGGGCAGGUAUUUUCCGAUGGUGGCGCUAGAGGCACACGAACAGGGGAGGUAUCGGGAGCUGGCGGACCCAAGGCUGGAGGGGCGGGCGGCGGUGGGGGAGGUGGAGAGGGUGGUGAAGGUGGCGCUCUGCUGUCUCCACGAGGAGCCCGGGCUGAGGCCGGCCAUGGGGAGUGUGGUGGCGAUGCUGGAGGGGACGGCGGAGGUGGGGGAGCCGAGGGUGGAGUCGCUCAACUUCUUAAGGGUCUAUGGGAGGGGGUUCGCGGAGCCGGCGGGAAACGCGUGCGUCUUUGGUCGCGGCGGUUACGACAUCGGAUCGGUGUGGGGCACAGCGACGGCCACCAGCAGUGGGUCGCCGUCGUACCUCUCAUCGCAGCAGUUGUCCGGGCCCAGAUAGCAGCAGCGCGUCUAUGAAACAGAGUAUUUGGAUGGAGCUCCAGUAACAGUCUCAUCUCGAUCAUAUCAAUCUCAGCAUCUGAUCUUAGAUGGAGAGAUCAGAAGCAACAAUUUUGAUAUACAUUGGUUUGAAAUAAAGCUUGGGUUUUUGUGAGCAGAAGGCCUCAACUUGAUUUAUUUUGUUGUUUCUAUCCAUUGGCUCGCUUUGGUUGACAUGGACUCGUAGCAUCGAAGUGGCUGAGUUGUCGUGCGGCGCUAUGCUUUGAUGUUCUGACUGCUAGCCGUCUGCAAGACGUGAACGCACACGUUAUCAGACGUGACCUUGGAGCUCUA